AUGAUUGUAUUCUCCUGGAUUUGGAUUAGUUGUCUCUUGGGUGUGGUGGCGCCAGUUCCGCUUCGAAUUGAAGUCGUGGACUCCGCUGUAAUCAGUUUCAUCUUGCCGUCACUAAAUAGAUAUAUAUCGAAUUAUUUAUGGUGGAAUUUCAGCAUAGACCAUGGUAAUUACUUUUUACACAAAGACCUACUGCUAAGCUCUGAUGAAAGGCCAGGAAUUCGAACAAACUACAGCAACUCGCCUUGGACCGUCGACUUUCCGAUACAGCUGUUUAAAGAGACCGGCACUUGGAGAGAGAUUCGCAAACUGCUCACCUCGCUCGGUGAAACAAAUAAGAUGUACCCUAGGUAUGUAAAGACUAUUGCCUCUUGGCGAACGGACCAGGUGUUUCUACAAAGCUGCAUUGACGAUAAUGAUUAUCUAGCGUUUGUAUGCCUAACAGAGUCGUGGAAGAAAAACUGGUAUGGUGAGUUAACGUUUUACAGUAGUCAUGGUAACCACACUGAGGUAGAACGAGUGGUCCAUGUCAAACCUGGCCGUGUGGUUCUGGCAUCCUGUGGUUCAAAAUUUGCUAUAAAACCCCCUGCAAUUAACAGCAAUGUUGGAAAUAAGAUGCUGGUAGUUAUGGCAACCGCAUCCCAGAAAGUUAGUCAAGCGGCAGAGAAGGUGCUGUUGGAUGAAAAAGAUGCAUUGAAGAAAAUAAUAACAGCAAAUCAUUACUGGUUUCCCUUGACCAGCUCAGAAGAGCCCCCGAAUGUGAAUGCGAAAGAUUUCCUCUCAAAUCAUGUACAAGUUGGAGAUCUUGGGGAUGUUUACGUCUUUGACGGAGUCUUCCAUGAUGAAGAUAUUCAUUCUGCUGCUCAGUUUAUACUAAAAAAUGCUACCUACCAUGAAGUGAUCCCAGAAGAAAAUACUGACAAUGUAUACUGGGUGUCAGGUUACAAUAUCGCGUCAUUUGUGAAGUCGCAUUUGUGGCUCGUUGGUAAACAGCUGAUUAAAUACGUUACUGGUGACGCUGACUACAGUCCAUACGAUGUGUCAUGUAAUUUGAUCCGCACAUCUGACUAUAGUCAAAUACACAAGGACUGUGCGCAUGGAAAUGAUGAAUUUACCUUUCUGCUGUAUUUGAAUAAAGACUGGAAGAUCGAGUACUACGGUGAGACAAUAUUUUUUGAUGAUUCUGAUGAACUUGAGCCAGUGUUGGCAGUCAAGCCCAAAUUUGGAAGAAUUGUAAUAUUCAACUGUCUAAUUCCACACUCAGCAAGACCCCCUAGUAUAUUGGUAAAUGGAGCACGUUUGACAUUUGCCGUCAAAGUAUCAAACAAGAAGGUAUUCCAGAACACUUCUAGUCUCCAUGACGACAAACUAACUCUCAUUGAAUUCCUGGAAACUGCUAAUGAGGACACAAUUGAAAAAAUUGGACGAAACAAACUGAACCGCAUUUUUGACCAAAUCGACCAAGGUACAGCAUCCAGUGAUGAAGUGACUGAAUGUUUGAAUAUAUUUGAGGAAGCAGAAAAGGAAUACAUUUUAGAACUUAUCUGA